AAAAGUCCAGUGAUUCGGGUGUUAGCAGCAGUUCAUUGUCGUCGGGUCCCAUGAAAAAUAGCACUUAACAUUUACCCACCAUAUUAGCACGUGAAUUAAUGUUGGGCGUGAAUUUUUCACUGCCAACCAGUGCUGCUACGCAUUACGGAGCCACUUCGCCUACCACCUCAAUAGCUUCGGCCGGCUUAGCUGGCUGCAGCAAUACCGGUAAUUAUUUAACGUUGACAAGAGAUGACGAAGAGAACGCUUGCAAUACUUUACCGCAUGUACCAUGCUCGACAACGGCCGUCUGUUCUAAUGCUAAUAAUUCUGCUGCUGCCAGCAAUGUUGGCGGUUUUGCCACAUCAUCAUCGUCGUCAUCAUCAGCAACGGGCUUGCCAACAAACCGUAAUCUUGUCAUGCUGCGCAAUCAUUUGCGUAAAACGGCUAUCACUACCGCUGCUACUAAUAAUAUACAACCCUUAGAAAGCCCAACUGGCGCUAGUUGCCAUAAUGAACCGUCAAACGAACAAUAGCCCUGCUUAAGCGCAUUAAUGUGGAAAUUAAUCCAAAGUUAUUUUGUUACAACUAACAUAUGCAUACUUAUGUGUAUGCGUAUUUAAAUGUCUAUAUAAAACAAAAAAAAAAAAAACAAAAAAAAAAA